AUGUCAAAUCUACACAAUACUUCUACUACUUCGGAGGCUCUUACUAGCCUAGAUUUGAUUGAAGAGUUGACUCUACCUGAAAAUCCAACAAACGUUACACAAGACGAAUUUGAAAAGGCACGAUCCGACUCUAUUCCAGAGCUUAAUGAUGGGUUUUUGAUAAAUAUUAGUGAACACACGAAAUUGAUCCUACAAAAUUUGGAUGGUAAUAGGAGUGUAACUCGCACCAACAAAGAUAACAUCAAAAAAUCUCUUGACGAAAUUAAACGAAGUACGCAACAAUUGUACGACCAAGUAAAAACGAUAUUACGUCAUUCAAUCUCAUCAGCCGAAAAUAAAAUAGUUUCAUUAAUCAGGAACACUAUUAGGGAAGAGUUCUCUAAGUUAGCGGUACUACCACAAAAAAUUACCACUCAGCCACUGCAAGAUCUGGUCAAACCUUCUAUCAUUCCAUCAUCACUACCAUCCUACGCCAAAGUUGUUAAAUCGACAAAAUCUGCUGAGAAACAACCUAUACCGGUUACCAAGCCGGCCAUAAUAGUUAGCUCUAAACAGCAAGUCUCUUCCUCUAAAGAAACCGUAAACGCGUGGCGUAAUAGCAUUCAUUUCAAAAAAUACACCUUCAACCCCUCUGAAGUAAAGCUGGUGUCCAACCACAAAAUUAGGGUUGAGUUUGAUAAUCAAGAACAGCGUGACGAAAUCCUUAACGCCAUAAACCAUCCUGACAGCCUUGUUAACGCUGACAUAGCCAAGAAGCUCAAGCCUUUGGUAAUUCUAAAAGGCAUCUACAGGGACACACCUGUGAGUGAGCUUAAAGAAAUAAUUGUAAACCAAAAUCCAAAUAUAAAAAGCCUCAUUAAAUCACCCGACGACAUAACCUACCGAUUUACGCGAAAAAACAAAAACGAAAAUUUAUAUAACGCUGUGUUUAUGGUUACUCCCACAAUCUGGAGAUCAAUUGUGGAACUUCAAAGAAUAAACGUCGAUCACCAACGUGUACAUACUGAAGACUACCCAGCUUACCUCCAGUGCUAUAAGUGUAUGCAGUUUGGUCACACAAAGAAACACUGCACCGAAAAUACAACAAUUUGCUCCCAUUGCUCAUCAUCAGAACACUCGUAUAAAGACUGCCCGGUUAAAAAAGAUUCAACUAAAGUUGACUGCUAUAACUGUUCUUCGCAUUGUAACGUUCCUACAUAUGAAACGGUUACACAUAAAACCCAUCGCGAAUCUAUAAUUGACCUCACAAUGACAUCUGAUUCUCUAUCAAACAAAAUUUCCAACUGGAAAGUUGUACUAGACGCCGUCCCAUCAUCCAAUCAUAAUGCUAUCACUUUUGAUUUGUCUUUAAGUAACAAUUUGUUAAGCAAACCAAAAAAACUUUCAACAUUUAAAUACAAUACUCAGAAUAUAAAAUGGGAUGAAAUUACAGAACAGUUUAAAUGCGAGUUAGCCAAAUAUUUAGACCUCAAUAUUAAUGUAGAUAAUUUAAGCACCUCCCAGUUAGAUAAAUACAUUACAAAAUUAGUCACAGCAGUACAAAAGGUUAGCGACAAACUCUUUCCGAGAAAAUCGUCUAAAGUAACAAAUCGAGCACCUUGGUGGAACGAUAAAUUAGAAAAUCUCAAGCAAAAAGUUAUAAAAAAUCACCACAAAAUUCAACAAAUGAAACGCAGUAAAAAACCGUUAACCGAAUUGUUGCUAGAAAAAGAAAACUUAAGAAAUGAAUAUGCUCAAGCAAUUAGAAUUGCUUCAACUGAGCAUUUCAGGGAGUUCUGCAAUAAGCAGGGAAAGGAGGAUGUAUGGAGUAUAACCAAUCGGUUACUUAAGACCACACCUUUGAAGCAGCCUCCCUCAACUCUUAAAACAAGAGCGGGUAAAUACACAAAAACAACAUACGAAACUGCUGAAACGUUUUUAAAUGAAUAUUUUCCUGAUGAUGGACCCGAUACAUGCUUAAGGCACAUGCAGCUGCGUAAUUCUUUUAACGAAACACCCGACACGCCAGCAGAUGCUCCAUUUACUGUAGAAGAAGUGCUUGACAAGUCAAGCCUCUUAGAGUUAAAUAACCCAAACACCACGAACCCAUUAGCAGUAGCAAUACACCGCAACGUUACUAAUAUAGAAACAAGAAAUAAAUCAGUAAGAUUCAUCUGGACGAAAGCCCAUAAUGGUGUAACCGGGAAUGAAUUAGCGGACUCGGCAGCCAAAUCAGCAACGAACUUAAAGAAAGCCCCCGAUUAUUCCAAAUUUCCUAUCAGCUACAUAAAACAAAUACAUCUGGCGACCACCGGGCAGACCAGAUUGCAGCGGGCCAAGCACCAUUAUCUAAAGGCGAAACAGGCAGUGGACUCGUCCAGGAACCUCAGGAGGGAUAUCAAAGAGACCAUCCUGGGGUCCCUGGACGAGCUCAAGAAACUGAUUAUUGAGUCCGAAGCCGACCUGAAAGCCGAGAGGGCUCGUAAGGGUGCCGGGGGCUCCGUGAAGGGGGUCUCGACGACUAAGAACGCCGACACCACAUUUACGGUGCCCUCAGACUCCAGACUGAGCACCAAACUCGACGAGCACUCUCGGCUUCUCCUGGAGAGUAAUGAGCGGAUGAAGGCUCUCCAGGAGCAGUUCACUAGGUGCAGCAGGUCGGCCGAGGACCAACAGCGUAGUUACGCCUGCGUGGCUGCUGUGAGGCCGCAGCAGCCAGCGAGACCCGCUGCUCUCCACUCGGUGGUUGUCACCUCCAAGGACGAAGAGGACACAGGAGAGGAGGUCCUUGGAAAGGUGAGGAAAACCCUAAACGCGAAGGAGGGAUGGGUUAAGGUCGAGCGGGUCCGGAAGGCCAAAGACCGCAAGGUCGUCAUGGGCUUUAGCACUGCCGAGGACCGGAGAAAGGCCAAGGAGAGAUUCGCGAAGGAAGGGUCGGGCCUCAACGUCGAGGACGUCAAAAAUAGAGACCCGCUUCUGAUCCUUAGAGGUGUCCUAACAAUCAACACCGAUGGUGACAUUUUAAAGGCCCUAAGGAACCAGAAUCGGGACCUCUUUGACGGCCUCGGCCCUGGGGAUGACCGACUCGAGGUAAGAAUGGAGCGAGCCCACACAAAGGAGAUAGCAGAAAUAACAGCUAACCUUCCCACGGAAAUAGGGAACGCCCGCAAUGACAUCUCGGAGGCCAAGGAUAUAGCUAGGUCAAUUCGAGAAUGGCUGGGAUACGAGACCAGAGAACCUCACAGGAUCAUUGGAGAAAUAGGAAAUUCUAUAAAGGCUUUAGACAAAAAAUUGCAGGAUCUUUCCGACAGCUUCACCAGUCAAAUUAUUAAAAUAUCAGAAAAGAGAGCACCGGAGGAACGACAAAACCUUCUAAAGACUUUAGAAAUUGUCACAAGGCAGCUAGACGAACACCGGCGAGAACUCAAAGAAAUCAAAGACCAAACAACGCUCGUCCAAAAUAGCAGUACAAAAGCCAUAGAAAUUCUAACCACACAGUCUCCACCCCAAUAUGAAUGCAACGACAAACGGCAGUGGGAUGAUAUAAAGACUGAUAUUUUGCAGGAAAUUAAAAAUAUAAAAUACACACAAACGCAAGAUACAUUUGACAACUACCCCAGCUCCUUAACAUUAAACCUUAGUGAACAUCUACAGCCCCUCACCGAACGUCUGGAAGCAGUUUCGUCGGAACUAAAAACCAUACGUGAACUUCGGCAGAAAACGCCACCACCGGCGAUAAGCCUUAGUACGGAGCUUGCGCUGGCAGAGAUGGCCAAGAGUACCAAAUCAAUUCCGACAUAUGCUCAAAAAGUGAAAAAAAAGCCUGUAUUGAGGCCCAACCACACCUUGAUCGUUUCGUCGACGGAUCCCAACAAAACAGCGGGAAAAAAUAUAACACCUGAUAGCAUGGACCAAAUUUACACUCAAGAGGAACUGGAAACCAAAAUUACCGUCUAUACAGAAGCCAUCUUGGAUGCUUGUGAUAAAUCUAUUCCAAAAAAGGCGUAUGGAAGGCAAAAAGCAGGCCUCCUUGGUGGUCCAAAACCUUAG